GCCUGAUAACCACCAUUUGGAACUAUAACCACUUCAAUUCCUAUCUUUCUAUUGACUACUCUCCUGCUUCCAUCCAUAUGCUCAGAAAUAAAACCCAGAAGGAGCUUCUUCAGCUCUCGAGACACAUCAUCCAACCGCUUCUUCCCAGUUUUUACAAGGGCCAGGCGGGCAAAGUCACAGUAAUUGGAGGAUGUGAAGACUAUACUGGAGCUCCAUUUUUCGGUGCCCAUUCGGCUGCUCUAGUAGGAGCAGACUUGUCUCACGUAAUCUGUGAAAAGGUGGCUGCUCCAAUAAUCAAGCUGUACUCCCCGGAUCUCAUGGUACACCCAUACUUGUACGACUUGAACAAUCCGGAAAUCAAGGUGGACCUUUCUAGUCAAGAAAUCGACCAGUUGCUCAAGUUGGACUAUGAGGAUUUGCUUAAAAACAACUACCCAUCACUCAAUGCAAUCAUAGAGAACAAAGUGUUACCUAAAGUGUUGAAAUUGCUAGACAGGACUGAUAUCGUGGUCGUGGGCCCAGGUUUUGGGCGGGAUCCCCUUAUGUUGAAGUCGCUUGCUCGUAUCAUAGAAGAAGUGAAGGUUCUCAACAAACACAUCAUCCUUGAUGCUGAUUCAUUAUUUCUAGUAAGCCUUAAUCCAGCCUUAAUUAAAAACUACCCCAAGGCCAUACUUACCCCCAACGUAGUUGAAUUCCAGAGAUUGGCUCUGAAGUUCGGAAUCCAGACUAAGAUCUCCGAAACCGACUUUUCGGCAUUGCUAGACGAAACAAGACGAUUGUCGAAACUGCUAGGACGUGUUACUAUCCUCAGAAAAGGUAAGCAGGAGCUUAUAGUAAAGAACGACGACUAUGUGGUCAACGACAUUCAGGGCUCUAACAAAAGAGUAGGUGGUCAAGGCGAUACUUUGACAGGAGCUCUUGCUACAUUAGUCAACUGGUCCAAUAACUACAGUGACGGAUUAUGGGAUACGGAUAAGAAAGUUUUAAAUCGUGACGAAGCUAACCUCUUGGCUUGCUUCACAGCUUCGGCUCUUGUAAGAUUCUCGGCUCAUAAGGCUUUCAAAAAAUACGGAAGGUCAAUGCAAACGUCAAAUGUCCAUGAAUUUUUGAAAGAAGCCUACGAUGACUUAUUCGAAGGCGAGAACUAUUUGAAGUUGUAA